AUGAAACCUCAGGGAACUUUUACAAUUGUUGGAGCAGUCAAAAUAAUUGAUGGGCUUUUCCUCGGUGAUGAAUUUGCAGCACAGGACUUAGAAUUUUUAAUCAGCAAUAAGGUAAACAACGUGAUUAACUGUUGUGGAGGACAGAUCGACAACUUAUGGGUAAAUAUUGGUAUAAAUUACCUUACUUUCAAUUGGUCUCAGGAGUGAGUUGAGACCAUUCUAGAUCCGAAUGAUGUAGUCAUGCAACAAAUAUAUCCUUACAUUGAAGAAUGAGUGUCUAAUUCCGAAAGCAUCCUCGUUCACUCAGUGACUGGGAUGAACAGAUCUGUUCUAGUUAUAUCUGCAUAUUUAAUGAAAUAAAUACCAUUGGUCCCUGAAGAAAUCGCUUGAGUUUAUCAAAACCCGCAAGCCUAGUUUGGAAAUUAAGAGUGAGAUCUUAGAGCAACUGGUUCAUUAUGAAGCUUUCUUGCACAGCAAUGUUAUUAAAAACCCAUCCUUUCAUUGGAACGAGGACAGAUAUGAGCCAAAGAACAUUGUUGAAAAACUAUCCACUGUCGAUAACCUACAGAACGAGGAGUUCAUGCUUCGCAAUACUUAUCUUAACUCCCUUGCUGCAGCUCAAGUAACUGAUAAAUAAGAAGGGACUCAAGAAGAAGCAUACUGUUAAAUGGCAAGAUAAAGGAUUGAAUAUUAAAGCUCAGCUUGAGGAAGUUCAUGAGAAAAUAGAACCCUCUAGUGAAACGAAGGUAUACCCAGUCACGGCACAUAUUGGAAUAACUUCUGACAAUCUCAAGUCAGCUAUUAAGUCAGAAACUCCGCCUCCCAUUAAAACUGAGAUGAAAAAGAUCCAAGAGAAGCCUAAGGUAAAGAAAACCCUGAAGGAAGAACAAAAAUCAAUCACUCUCAACACUUUUGAGAUGGAAGAAGAUUCCAAAGAAAGUUCUUCCUCAGCCCAAAAUCCCAAAAACUUAGAUACUGUAGGGCCUGAGGCUAAGAAACAACUUGAAAAGGAUGACCCAUUGAAUGAAGUAAUAAGCCUCGAUACUUUAAAUGAGUACAGUGAUAUUUCAAAUAAAAACUCACAAGUUGUUAAUACACCAAAUGAGAAUGUCUCAAAGAUUCCUGCAGUGCAAAAUUUCCUUGAAGAAAAGCCUGCUGUGGAGGUCAAUAAAGUUGAUUUUCAUCAAAAAGUACAUAAACCCACGAGUCCAAAAUUGAGCCAGAAAAAUAGAGUAAAAGAUGACCUUGACUCUGGAAUUUACAAUGCUCUGGCUAAGGAACCUAAAAUAAAUACAUCAUCUAAGGAACAAAUCAAGCACCAGAAACAGCUAUCUGAGAGCUCAUUCAGGAUCAAGGAAAAAAAGAAGAAAUCUCUGAAUUAUAAAAUGCGAAGAGAUAAGCAGUCUCAUAAUCCGGCUUACAGUCAUGAUUAUGAAAGUAAGCUUAAUUUGAGUGAGCAAGAGAGUGGUCCAUACCAGAAGAAAGACAUCUCAGUAAAAGAUUUGAAAAAUAGUCAAUCUCAGGAUGCCAAAGGGACGAUCAUAUUUAACCCGACGAUAAUCAACUCGAUUACUAUUGGAGUAUUACCCAAUGGAAACCAAGCCGUUCAGAAUACCCAGGAGCCGUCCAGAAUUGUAAAAACUACUGGAUUACAAAGUGAAGGGAAGAUAUUAAAGAAAAACAGGCAUAAAAUGAACAGGCUUCCUUCUGCUAGGACAGCUAAAGAUACACACUUCUUUGUCCCACAAACAAAGUUGCCAACAGCCAGGGCUUCGAAUAGUUUGAAAAGGAAAAGAAAGAUGUUCGAGAGUAAAGAAUCGCUUAAGAAUGAUAAAAGAGCAUCAGAAAGCAGGGCUGAGAAUAAGGAGACACUCAAUCGGAAAAUCAUCAAGAGCAAGCGCCAAUACUCCUUGAAUUCGAUUAACAUCAAGAGUCAGAGAUUUGGAGGAAAGGCACCCCCUGAAAUGGAGAACCAAAACAAGGGUCAUAGUUGGUUCAACUACCAACAGAAAAGCAGAGAAAAGUUGAUAAACAUUAAGAAUUUUAAGAAUAAUAUGAUUUUCAGACGGAAUGGGACUACCCCGACAUAUAAGACCAAGAUCACCUUCAACAGACAAGGAAGCGGAAGCCAGAAGAGGUUUUCAAAACCCAGGGUUAACUCAGGGACGCAAUACUCCAAGUGGAAGAAUAAUCUAGGAGGUAGCUUCCCUGCUAAGAAGACUCAGAAAAAGACUUUCACUAAUAUGAUAGGGGAGAAGCAUCGUCCCUUCAGUGCUUCACAAUUUAAGAGAAAUGUUUCAAGUCGGCCAAGAGAUAGAUCUGAAGAUGUUCAUAAGAGAAUUCCAGGGGAGAGACAGAAGAGAAUGAAUGCUCGGAAACCUGGAAGUGCUAGGAUAAAGGAUAAUAGAGGACAACCCAGAGUUCAAGUUUUCUCAUUAGGACACAUCAAGAAAUAAUUCAAAAUUAUCAGGAAACACAAUAAUACAAAUUCAACCUUACUUGCAC